GAGAACGACGGUUUGAAGAGCACUCUUCCCGGCCGUUGGUACCGAUCAACGGCGGAAGGGCGGAGGGCGAAGGACCUACCUGCGACCCUAUUCCAUGUAAGGGCCGUUCAUUGGUCAAUGCCGGCCUAGUACCUGCGUGGAGCGCGCAGUAGCAGGCAGGUAUGCGUCUAUCCUUUCCCGCACAUGCCCCUUCCUUGCAAAAGGACGAGGCGGCGUGUCCGUUGGUUCCCGUUACGGCACUCUCCGGUCGCAGCUCGCGAAAGAUACGUCGAACGCCGACGAGGAAUCGAACGGAGCGGCCAGGCAGAGCCGGUGUUGUUGAAAUCGCCGCGAAGUUGCUCGGGAUCUCCCAGUGUCUUGUUAACUCUGGCCGCGCGAAGUCGACGAUUCCGAGACCGACUCGUAGAGUGCGUGCCGUGUGUCGUUCGCCGCGCAUGGUCCGUCGUGAAGAACCACCCUGCUCUUUCUAAUUACUUUAAUUACAAAGAGGCCAGCCCGUGCGACGGGAGUGCGCGUUCCCGGACCUGUUCCCGUGUGCUCCGAGUGCUGCAAGCUGCACGACCGCCCGUGGAAUCGACGACAAUGGCGGCGUGAAUCCUCGUUCUCGAUUGGACUCGUCGAUCGUUCGCCGCCAGCGGAUUGGAUUCUCUCUGCUCUCGUGCGUGAUCCAGGUGGAUUCGCCCUGUUCCGUAGCGGAGGAGCGAAAGGCGAUAGGAAAGAAGCUGCAUAGAGAGACACGACGCAGGCACAGAGAAAGGUAGAGACGGCACGAGAUGAGAAUCGGCGAGUCUCGGACGUGGUCGAAUGAGAGGUAGCAAGAGAAGAGGGCUUGCCCGGAUGGGAGUAGUUGCUGGAACGUCGAUUCCUUCGGGUAGCUCGAGGUCGCGGCAAAAGGAGUACCGCGAGGAAGGAAGAGAAGGACAAAGGCGGUGUGUUGUUGUUCGCCGAGGCGGCACGCGGAAAAAUCGGCGGUGCAGCGCCCGCUGUAGCUACCAUACUAUCGCCACCAUACGAUGGCGGCUACCACCAGCAGAUACGGCGGCGGUAUGGAGAUGAGGCACUCGAGGAGCGAGGAUCUGCUCGGCGUGAUAUCCGGCUCGCGUUCGCCGAGCCCCAGCGUGCCAUUGACGAGCACCGCGUCCGAGGACGACCUGAUCGCGGCCAGCGCCCUCCACGAGGUCAUCGAUACCAAGCCACCGUGUCCUCUAUUGUCCUCGAGGGUCGUUAGACCGCCAGGUGUUCCCGCCGAUCGCAUCGACCCCGAAGAUUCCAUCAGGGACAUUGUCACCGAGAAUGAUCUUUACAGGUUCGUGUUGUUCAAGCGCCACUACGACAAAUACGUCGCCCUGGCCGCAAAGUACGAGGAAGCGAAGGGGAUCGCGUACUACCUGGAAGAACGGUAUCACGAAGUCAAGGCCGAGAGGGACAAACUGGAGGAGAAUCGACGCGCCUUGGAGAAGCGAUUGGAGGGUUGCGAGUCGGAGCUUCGCGGCAAGGAGGACGAAUUGUUUCUGCAGCUGGAGCGAAGCCUGCGACUCGAGGAAGAAGCCGAAAGAGCGAAGAGCGAACGAGACAGCUGCGUAGCGGCACGGGACCAGCUGGACAGACAGCGCGAGGUGGCUUUGCGUCGGCUGCAGAUGCAACUGGCGCAGAACGAGAUUACGAGGCAGACUCUCGAACGAGCACGACAGGAUGUCGUCAGGCAGGCCACGGUGAUUCGCGCCGAGCGGGAUGCUCUUGAGAGAGAGAACGAAGUGCUGAAGGAGAAACUACGUGUGGAGCAGGGCGAAUUAGGAGAAGAGAGACGCAGAAGGGAGGAAGGUGUCGCAGCCCUGACCCGGGAGGCGAUCACGCUGAGACACGCUGCAAGGCAUCUGCGAGCAGCGACUCUUCACGCCACGUCGUGCCGCCGUCGUCGCCGGUGUUCCGUUUGUUUGUACGCGCGUCGCACUUUCGCGGAGAUUGAUGACUAUCGCGACGACGGCAAUCUUUUCAAGUGCCUUCAAGCGCCGCUGCACGAUUUGCGCACCUGGUUGCGACCCAGCGCGACGCCGACAUCGACAACGUCAACGUCGCGUGUACAGAGGACCAAUUCGCCGUUGGCCGACAGAGAAAUAAGCUUCAUCGACGAUUCCAGCGUGGACAGCAGCGCGGUUGGCAGCAACCGCAGCAGUAGCAGCACAACCAGCAGCAACAGUGCUUCGGACGACGAAGCGUACCCCAGCACACCGGUCGCUGAAAUCUCGCUGUCGUCGGCCAACUCUAGCGCUCCAGCCACGGCUAGAGCCUUCUCGUCCGAUUCAGGGUUCUCCUCGGAGAUUGGGGAUCGAAGAUCGAGAUGUUACGAGAACGGGGGUAGCAGUACGAGCAGCAGCAGCGGCAAGAGCAGGAAGAUCAGCGAGUCUCUGAGCUGCAGCGAGCCAGACGAGCAGAGCACAACGGCGUUUACGCGGUCUCGAUGGACUUCAUCUUUUCGCAAGCUGUUAGGCCGAAAGCCGAAGAGCAAGUCCGCGUCAGAUCGUUCCUCGUAAAGAAACUCGGAAGACUGAGAAUCGCGUCGUGGCACCGUGCACGAAACACGAAGUGCGAAAUCACCGUGACAUUUAGUGCCCCUUUACUGCCCCUCCGUCUUCUUUCUCUCUCCCCCCCCCUCUCUCUCUCUCUGGCUCUCUUUCUGUCUCUCGGUCUCGAUCCAUAGAAAUCGUCCGUUUUGAUCGAUAAGAGAGCACUGUCGAACAUUCCUCGCGAGUAUCGUCGAAGCAUAGACACCAAUCCGACAACUGCCAGCGUAUUGACAUUCGCAUUGCAAACGAACCCUUUCUAUAGCUAAACCGAGCAGAACUGGGGUCUGUAGCGCUCAUGCGCCGCUGAAAGAAAAAACGGUGGGUGGGCGUGUUCAGCACCGCCCACUUAGCCGCGGAACGUCGCCAUUGGUCCGCAAGCAGGGCUGUUGCUUCCAAAAAAUGUUUUCGAUUGGCUGCUACACAGAGCGUCUAGUCGUGAUUAUCAACACGAUGUAAUUAGUUGAAUUUUCUGGAAACUACUUCUACCGAUUUACGUCAUAGAUUUUUCUUAGCUCCGUCCACUAAUUCCCCUAGGUCCUUCUACGAACUUCAGAUUUUCAAGGCAAUCUCUUAACUACUGCGAGAGUCUUUCUGUACUCCGCUCGUUAGAUCUCUCUAGCUCCCACCUGCAAACUUUGAACAUAUUAGCUCCGCCCUGUAAUCCCCUCUAGUUCCUCCCACAGACUUCGAGUACGCUAGCAAAAUUAUUUAGCAUCUACUACCAAUUCGUCUCUUAGCUUCUAGAUAAAUUGUUCUCAGCUCCGGCCACUAAUUUUUCCCAGUUCUAUCUAUGAACUUUGCGCAUGUUUUUUAACUCCGCCCAGUGGCCCCCCUCUAGCUCCUCCUACAAACUUCGAGUUCGUUCGGUAAAGCUGUAGUACUCUAAUUGUAUUCGAAAACGCGUCAACGACCACGGAUUUCGAGCGACACUCGAAUGAAACUUUUCCUCGCUGAUGAUCGUCGUUCUCCGAUCAUUUUACUAAUAGGUUUACUGUCCGUAAACGAUAUAGUGUGUCUGAUUCGUCAGCCUGGCAAAGUCACGUAGGAAUUGAAACUCGAGAACGGUAUCGACGCGAACGAUCGAUCGAAUUGAUUCUGGUGCGUAACGAUGUUGAUCGUGUUUGUAGAUGGAAAAUAUGUUGAUUGAUAUUAUUAUAGUUGGACGCGAAAUUCUAAAACUAAUUGUUUCCAAUCGGGUGAUAAAAAACGACGUUUAUUGUUCGCGACACGUUUUACGUUGUUGUCUUUGUACUGUUGUUAUUAGGGUGAGUUGUUGUCUUAGCCAAAGAACAUAUAGUAAGGGGACGGACGCUGGAACUAGAAUAAUUGGAUGACCGUCCGCUUCUAUCGAUAGACCGCAAAGUUAUCGAAUGUUGAACGGUAUAAUCAUUUUCCUAGAAUCGACUGGAAUUUGAAGAGCUUCUUUUCCGUAGCGAAGUGUUGUCCAAGGAAUUUCAAUGGUUUUGUAUACAAAUGGUAUACGCGUACGUUAAUACCAAAUAGGAUCGUGUUAACUCGAAAUCGUUAGAAACAAAACGAAACGGGGCGAUUAGAGCGGGAAUUGAAUUGAUUGCGUAGGACUAAUUGAAUCGAGGGGAAACGUAUACGUUAAUCGACGUUUACCGAUUGCCACGCGGUGAAAUUCGCGUAUUCAGGGUAACAAUGAACGGUUUUCUCUGUUUGGUGUCGUUAAAAAUUAGUUUACGAUAUCGCCUCGGUUACCGGACGAGUAUUUCGGUCACAAUUUCUGCCUGAGUUCCAUUACAAAUUACGAUCGUCAAGAGAUUAUCGCAUAUUUUCUAUAUAUUUUUGUAUUCUAUUUAUGAUUCGGAUGUCAUAGUUCUUACAAAUUCACGAAGGAAAUUGUCAAAUUGAGACGACUGCCUGAAUAUAUCUUAAGUUGAUGCAACAACAAUUGUGGAAACACUUAGCGUAAAUAAACCAUCAAAUAUAGAUAAAAUACUACUA